AUGGGUUGCAGUCCCUCCACGGCUUCUCCGUCGUCGAGGGUCUCGCCCUCACCAGACGCGUUACAUCGAAGGAAGCUGUCAAUAACCCACCCUUGCGAGGAGGGCCAUAGAAGGUCCUUUAACAUACGAUCAUUACUCUCUCGAUCAUCAUCAUCAUCUUCACGAAGGCUGCAAGUCUCUGGUGUGGACGACGUAGCAGAAGCAGACGCUUUAUCGAGAGCCUUUGAGGUUGAGGAGGGCGUCAAGGGACGACGGUGGUCCAUAGCUUCUACAACGGACUCAGACUUGCACCAUAGAGAGGCAUAUAAAGACAAGGACACUAGAGUAUUGGGGGGAUUGCCUGGGAGGAACAGUGGCAUUGGGUAUGCCUGUAAGAAAGGGCUGAAGCCUGAGUCGCCGAAUCAGGAUUCCUUCCUCAUAAUGAACGUUGAUGACGAUUUCACGGUCUACGGAGUCUUCGAUGGUCAUGGCUUGCAUGGCCACAACGUGUCCAAUUUCGUAAAGGAACAGUUGGUGAAGUUGAUUUUGGAGCACCCUAAGGAGUCCAUUCAGGAGGGGGCACAACUGGAUAAAGCCUUGAGGACGUGGUUCCCAGCGAUACAGGAUAAAUUAGAGCUGGCGACCAAGUCGGGUGAACUUGAUGCGUCUUGCAGUGGAAGCACAUCCACCCUUUGCGUCCACUGCCAUGGAACGGAUACCAUCACCGCGGCAUGGGUUGGGGACUCUAGGGCAGUGCUGGCGUACGGCUCGUCUCCUACGGUGGUGGAGAUGACCACGGACCAUCGCCCUGAGCGGCCACAGGAGAGGGCUAGGAUAGAAAAGACUGGGGGAAGGGUAGUUGGCUACGACGGUCAUUGCUGCUACCGGGUUUAUGUGAGGGGGCACAGCUAUCCUGGUUUGAAUAUGUCUAGGGCCAUGGGGGAUCUAAUAGCGUACUAUAGAGCAGGAGUUAUACCUACUCCUGAUACUCGGAGAAAGCAGGUGGUGAGGGAUCCUGAGCGGAGUAGCCCCUCGGGGCUGUCGUAUGUGUCUAACAACUUCUCGUGGCACCCUGGAGACCCGUUCUUGCUCGUGUGCAGUGAUGGUGUGUGGGAGUUCAUAUCGUCUGAUGAGGCUGUUAGCCUAGUGAGCAUGAUCCUUACUAGUAGUAGCCAGGCCCAGGAAGCUGCGGAGUUCCUCGCUAAGAAGGCGUUUGAGUCUUGUUUGCUGAUGCCGAGUGUGAAUGAUGCGAAGAAGAAGCUGAUGGCGUCGCAGGGUUUCACGCCGCAGGUGGUGUUGAUAGGUCCCGGGUUGGAUCCCUGA